AUGCUGUGAAGCAGGCCGUUCAGCUAGGCCGCAGCAGAAUGGGCGGAGCCCCAGAGGGGCGGGACGCUUCUGAUUGGACAGCUCUGCUCUGGACGGGCACGCACACACGCACCGCCGCUGCCCAUGGGUGAGGACGAGAGUCCCAAAAUCAACCACAGCUUCCUCCGAGACUACGUCACUGAGGCUGAUGUCAUAUCCACUGUGGAGUUUAACCACACAGGGGACCUGCUGGCCACUGGAGACAAGGGAGGGCGAGUGGUUAUCUUCCAAAGAGAGUCCGAGGUUAAAGGUGAUAAGGAUGACCUGGGUGAGGCAGGCGAGUAUAACGUCUACAGCACCUUUCAGAGUCAUGAGCCUGACUUUGAUUACCUCAAAAGUUUAGAGAUUGAGGAAAAGAUCAACAAGAUUCGCUGGCUUACCCAGCAGAAUGCUGCCCACUUUCUUCUCUCAACCAACGAUAAAACCAUUAAACUGUGGAAGGUGAGUGAACGAGACAAACGACCUGAAGGUUAUAACCUAAAAGAUGAAGAAGGGCGAAUGAAGGACAUUUCCACAAUCACAUCACUACAGGUCCCAGUGCUAAGGUCCACUGAUUUGAUGGUGGAGGUGCGACCGAGGCGGGUGUUUUCUAAUGGACACACCUACCACAUCAACUCUAUUUCAGUAAACAGCGAUGGCGAAACCUACCUGUCUGCUGAUGAUCUUCGGAUCAACUUGUGGCACCUGGACAUCACCGACCGCAGCUUCAACAUUGUGGAUAUUAAACCAGUGAACAUGGAGGAUAUAACAGAGGUAAUAACAGCGGCCGAAUGUCACCCUCAGCACUGCAACCUUUUUGUCUACAGUAGCAGCAAGGGCUCACUGCGCCUGUGUGAUAUGAGGAGCUCCGCCCUAUGUGACAGUCACACCAAAAUUUUUGAGGAACCUGAAGAUCCCGGGAAUCGUUCGUUCUUCUCAGAGAUCAUUUCCUCAGUGUCGGAUGUGAAGUUCAGUCACAGUGGAAGAUACCUGCUCACUCGAGAUUACCUCACGGUGAAGGUGUGGGAUCUAAACAUGGAGAAAGGACCUGUUGAGACGUACCAGGUGCAUGAGUACCUUCGCAGUAAGCUGUGUUCACUGUAUGAAAACGACUGUAUUUUCGACAAGUUCGAGUGUGUGUGGAACAGUACAGACAGUGUGAUCAUGACCGGAGCAUAUAAUAAUUUUUUCCGAAUGUUCGACCGGGACUCAGGUCGUGGGGUCACGCUCGAGGCUUGGCGUGAGAACAGUAAACCAAGAGCGGUGCUCAGGACGCGUAGAGUGUACACCGGGGGACGUCGUCGCCGUGGAGAUGUGGGCGUAGACAGCCUGGACUUUAGGAAGAAGAUCCUGCACAUGGCAUGGCACCCGGACGAAAAUAUCAUUGCCAUCGCCGCCUCUAAUAACCUGUACAUCUUCCAGGACCGAGUCAAUCCAGAAAACCAGUGA